AUGGAUAAAGGUAAUUAUGUUGGUAUGGUCCUUUUAGAUUUACAAAAGGCGUUCGACACUGUCGAUCAUGAUAUUUUACUCAUGAAACUUGAUGCUAUGGGGUUUUCUAGUGAUGUUAUUCACUGGUUUAGGUCUUACUUAUCUAGCCAUACACAAAUGGUCAAUGUCUCCGGUGUACUUUCAUCUAGCGCCAAUGUAACUUGUGGGGUACCCCAAGGUUCGAUCCUUGGCCCUCUCCUAUUCUUGAUUUAUGUUAAUGAUAUGGAGGCUGUGGUUCGUAAUAAAUUGCUUCUAUAUGCUGAUGACUCAGGUAUUUUAGUAUCAGGUAAAGAUAUCCAGUAUAUUACCUCUCAGCUUACUGAUGAUCUCAGCAGUGUGAGUAAGUGGCUCACUGAUAAUAAACUUUCCUUACAUCUUGGAAAGACAGAGUCUAUUUUAUUUGCGUCUAAACCAAGACUUAGGUCAUGCAAUCAACUAAAUAUUGUAUGUAAUGGCACUACAAUAACAUCCACCAAAUCUGUUAAAUACUUAGGUGCUGACCUAGAUCAAUGUCUAUCUGGUGAGUCUAUAGCCAACCAGUUCUCGGGAGUUAGGGACUUUCUUACAAUUUUACUGGGAAUAGAUACUUCUAUUUCAGCGGCUACAGUAGUAUCAAACGUUGCUUUAGGUAAAAAUGCCUACCAAAGCACGAGUGAGUACAGUAACGAAGGUGGGGCACAUCUAGCGGUAGAUGGGAACUUCAAUCCAUACUGGAGUGGUAAAUCGUGCUCGCAUACAUCUUCGGAGUUCGGAGCUUACUGGGAGGUUGAUUUAGGUGAUGUCUACGUUGUUGAAUCCGUCAGUUUAUACAACAGGCUGGACGCUUGUUGCAAUGAAAAUCUUGUUGGAGCCGAGGUACACAUUGGAUUGACAAGAGACACGUAUAGAGUUGUAGGUUAUAAAACAGGAUCCAUCUACAUAUCACAUACGUUCGAAAUAUCACCUCCAGUUUAUACUAGAUGGGUCCGAAUUACAAGGAACCCUGAUAUCAAAAAACCUUUGGUCCUCUGUGAAGUAGCAGUGAAUGGCUCUAAGUCAAGCUCUGGAAGCUUCGAACGGAUUUCUGACGUGACAGGAACGGGAAAUACUCUUGAAACGAAGUUUGCCAGGUCUAUAGAACAUUGUUGUUACAUUUGUUUCAUCACUCAAGACUGUUUGGCAGUUACAAUGGACAAUUCUCAAUGUUCUUUACUUGACUCAGAUAAUUACAAGAGUGAAUUAGGACAAACGAUUUAUGUUAUCAAGUAAUUGCGUAAAAGUGAUGGCAGAAAAAUUGCGGCCAUACUGCAUGCUGAAUCCCAUUUUUUAAAUUUUCUGAUAACUUAACAGAAUAAAGAA